CUCUCUACUCAUUGAACAAGUUUUUCAGAGAAACACAACUCAACCGAAGAGAGAGAAACUUGAGUUCACUUUCAUCGCCGAAAUCAACGGUCCAUAUUUAUUCUCUUCAAUAUCCGACGGCUUACAAUCAUAUUCUUCUCGUCGGCCGCCAUUAGAGAGAGAAAGCCAGAUCUUUCUUCAAAGAAGAGAGAGAAAACGAGAUUUUUAUUUCUUCUAUAUAUAGAAAGAUUAUUAGCGAGGAAAUUUGAAGAUUUUUGCCAGAAAUCAAUUGAUAGCUUCGCAGUGGAGGUUUUUGUGGUUUUUUGGGGGUGAAAUUGGAAAGAGAAGAAAAUUAUAGGUAUUUGAAAACCCUAAGUUUUUACGCUUUUUAAUCAGUGUUAUUCGAAUUCAUUGAAGAUCGUCAAAAUUGAAAUUAUAUUCCGUCGACAGCAGAUUUUACCUUACCAGAUCAUGUUUCCGUUGGUUGAAUGAAUUAGAAUAAUUUGUUAGGGAUUUAUCUGUUGAAAUUUGAUACCAGCUUUUGUUUGGAAAGAUGAUGAAUCUACAUGAUUUGAGUAAGUUUCUGCAAGAAGAAGAUGAGAAAGAUGAAUUUUAUAAGAUGCGUUUCGAAAUUGGCGGCGAAGAAGUAUCUUUAAUAACAAUUUGGAAGAGUGGUUUUAUUAUCUGUCCACAUUUAUUGUAUGAUUUUGAGCAAGAAAUCAGCAGCAUCUCUUUCAAAGUGGAAGAUCAGAUCAGUCAACUACUUAGUAAAAUUAGUGUUUAUGAACUUUCAGUUGCCAUAAAUUGCCAAAUCACGAGACUUACGAUGCCGAAACCUUUAUUUCAUUGUGGAUCAUGUUAUCCGUGAUUUAUGUGAUUGGAUGAUCUGUAAAUCGAGUUUUACUUGGAAGUCCAAGGUGAUGCUUUUAUUGAACUGAUUUAGGUGAUUUGAUGCUUUCAACUGAAUUUGGAGAUGCUUUUUUAGAAUGCUUUGUAUCAUUUGGGCCUUUACCGACAUCGUAACGAUACACAUCCUUGGCUGGCCUUGAAUAUGAGAGAUGAAUCUGCUAUAGUUUGUGUUUGUCUUGGUUUGAAAUUCAGACUUUUAGAUAUGAGUCUUUUAUUAGGGACAAAACUCCUGUUGAGCUGUUGGACCCCUACAUGAUUGGAGUGACAACGCAAUUUCGCAACUAUCCUGUUUAUGCCAUAUGAUAUUUAUUUGUUUUUGUUAUUACUUGGGGGGUUGAUCCACAGAUUCCAUGAUCUUGUGGAAUCUGAUUGAGAUGUUAAAGCUUCAAUUUGUACCUAUGGAAAUAUCACGCUGGCCUGAAACCUGGCUAACACAAUGUGCCCCAAGGUAAUAUAUUGGAGGAUCCACGGUAGCUGUAUCAUUGUAACCUGUUUUCAGUGCUCAACUUAACUAUUUGGUCUGGGCUUUCGCUUGUUUGGAAAGCGCUUUGUCAAAGCAUGACCACAGAUUGCCUUGAACUUACAAGUUUUAUUGAUCCCAGCUUGACGUGGAAGACAAUUUCUAAAGGCAGGAACACAUCGAGGCGCUCAAGAAGGUCAGUUUCAAAGAACAUGAAAAUGGGCCAAGAGCAGGAGAAAAGGAGCUCGGAACGAUCAAGUAGUUUGCAAUAUUCAGAGUCUGAGAAGGCUAAUAUUAGUAUUCAUGGGCAGCGUUUUGCUGGCAACAUGGAACAAAUACCUAUUAAGAAGAGGAGGCUUUUCUGCAAAUCUCCUUCUCCCCCCCUGCAAUCUCCUAAUCGCCAAGAAGAGUCUGAUAGGCUUGUUAGUGGCCAAUGCACUUCAGAUCAGCGUACUUGCUCUAAUAUUACCACGGAGAGUCAAGAUAUGCAAUCUUAUUUCUCUAAUGGAUCAAUAUCCAAAAAUUCCAAUUCUGAUGGUAACAUUGACAAGAAUAGUGUGAAGUCCUCAACUGAAAUGAGUGUUUCAGGAGAGGAUUUCUCAGGUAUCUCCAUACUUGCUGCUGCGGCCUGUAGUGAUCGAUUAGAUUACUCCACCAAUGAUGUCGUAAAGAGUCAAGUUCAGGGGGAUGAUAUCUUUACUAUCUUAGAUAGGGGGCAACAUGAGUCAUUUGCAUCUGCAUCCGAAGUGAAGGAAGGCAUUACAAGCUCUAAAUCAUCUGACUUACUUGGAAAGGACGCUGAAGUUAAAGGACUUUUCAUGGUCAGUUUGCUAAAAGAUAGUGUUCAAGCUGUUAGUGUGAACAAUGAAGCUGAUGAUGCUGGGAUGAGUCCGAUAAAGGAGUUUCAAAAUGUGGAGCAAAAUGAGGCAGUUGCCUCUACAUCUGUUCAUAGAGAAAUUGUUGAAUGCCUAUUACCCAACUCGCUCAGAAGUGAUGUAGAUGCUAGUAAAGAAUUUCCUGCUGAUUUGCCAAAUGGAGGUGCUAAUAAAACAUCAGAGAAUUCUGGUGCAAAAUGUGAUAAUCGGUUGCACUGGGAUUUGAAUACUGUGAUGGAUGAGUGGGGUAAUCCUCUUGAUGAUACAUGUUUUCAUUCUGGUACCCCAUUAGUGGAAGCUGCACCAGUAAAUGCUAGGGGUUCAAAAUAUGUUGUGGAAGGCUCAGAGGGAAAGAGAUAUGAGAUCCAGAAGUUAAAGGAUGUGGAAGAUCUGGAAGCAAAGAGAUCUAAAUCUACUGAGGGUGGUGAUAAAUUUACUUGUGAAGCUAAAGUCUGUGCAGGGCCUGAUAGUGGGGCGUUCCAAGAUGAUGCUGAUUCGACUAGUGGUAUUCUUACAUUCGGCAGGACGGGACAACGCUCAGAAGUGUCUUCUGGCUUUGUUACAAGCAUCUUAAAGGAUAAAUUUUCUCCUUCCAAUGUUAGUAAUCAUGUGUCAGAAUCCUUAGUGUGUGGCACAAAUUCUGAAAUCCAGUUAGAGAUGGUUAAUGAAGAUGGUGAUAUUGAUCAUUCCCUCUCUUUAGGGUCAAAAGGCACCAAAACAACAGCAUCUGAAGAGACUAUUAAUAUAGCAGGUAUUGAAAAUAUAAGUGAAGUGGCCAAAGAAGCUUUUUGUGCUGCUAUGCAAAAUAUUCAGUCUGAGGACCGUGAAAUUUGUUUCUUUCUAGCAUCAGCUUCAGGGAAGGCUUUUUCAAUGGUCAGAGAUGCUGACUGCAAACAUGUUGAGGACAUCACAGUAAGGAAUGAUUUACAUGUAAAUGAUAAUAGAGUGGCAGAUGUUACUUGCGGUCCAACAACAAGCAGUAAUUGCGAAAUUCCAGCCUUAGGCGGAUCAGAGUCAGAGAAGGUUUCCUGCGAGGUCAAUGAUUUGAGCUGUAAGGAUCCUGAACAAUACGAGGAUUUCAGUGUCCAACCAUUAGAAUAUCGUUCUUCCAUGGCAGAGUUGGAAGCUCCCAGUGUCUCCAUUUGCGUAAGCAAAAUUGAGGAUAUGGUUACAACCUCAAUGAAUAUGGAUAAUGAUCAAGCCAUGUGUAGAGUGAUUGCAAAAGAAAUUGAAGAAAACCAUACUGUCACAGAUACCUCUGAAAGUGAUCUUCUGAAAGAUCAUGAAUCUGAAACUCUUAUGCCUAAAAUGUUGGAUCAUCGUGUUAGUGCUAAUGCAUGCAUCGAACCAACCAAUCGCCAUCUUGCUGUGAAGUCUUUGGGUGGCGGUUGUGGUUCACAUGUUUCUUAUGAUGUUUCAAGUCAAGUGACUAAAAAUGCUGGAACUGUUAAUGGGAAGGAGGGAGGUUAUGAUUCUCAUUUGGAAGAUGGAGAAUUAAGAGAAUCACAUUGCUGGGUGGAUAAUGAAGGUGAGGAUGAGGAAACUGAACACGUGGACUAUGAUUCUGAUAAUAAGGAAGGAAUUGUCUUUUAUGAAGCUGCUAAUGAUUCUGUUCAAUUGUCAGGAGAAGAUCUGGUUGGAGAGUGUGAACCGGAUAUUUGUCGUUCUGAUAACUUUAGCUCUGUUGAUGAUCAGCCAAAUCUUGAUAAGAUUGUUGAAGAAAACUGCUCUCUGCAGGUCCAAGGUUGCUUAUCCUCUGUAGAUGCUACAGAAGCAGAGUGUACGAAGAGGGAAAUUUCGACAUUGAAGGCAUGUUCAGGUGAAAAUAAUUCUGACAAAAUCGAGAUAGAUCGCAAGGAUUGUAGGUCUAGUAUAGAAAUUGAUAGUAUAGGAAUUGAUUUUGAUAAAGAUCCUGCACGCAAUGCCAGUGGUAACUCUUCAAGUGGAAGGCAUUUGCAGUUUUCAGAUAGAAGACGUUUUGAUUCUAUGAGAAGAAGCAGAUCCAUCAACUUCGAUUCUAUGCAUCAUACUGAUGCUCCAGAUGAAAUUUUGAAUAGGAGCCAACGGCCUUUGAUGCGAAUGGGUCAGUUUGGUGGUCGUUCUUGGAACCCCGAAAUGAAAAGCAUAGUCGCUAAUGCUGACUCAGAAGGUGAUGGUGAUAGAAUUUUCAGAACAUCAGGUGAUACUUCACCAUUUAGAGGUCGCAGGCCCCGGAUCAUCGACACCUCUCGAAGUGGCGACCAUUUUGUGAGAAGAGCAUCACCAGUAGAGAGAGACAGUGAUUAUGGUAUGGGAUUGAGAAAGACGCGAGAUAUGAACCUGAAUAAUCCGAGGAGCAGGUUUGGCAGAUUCAACGGAAUAAAUAGGGGUUUUAGGGAGGGAUAUCGCAGAUCAGGCAUCUAUGAAGGUCCUAAGUCAGGUGGUGGCGGGCCCAUGUUGAAUCGUUUUUGCAAACAGGAGAGAAGCUUCUCUCCAGUUGGUGAAAGAUUUCAUAGAUUGUCUAGAUCUAGAUCUAGAACUCGCUCACCGGAUUUCAGGUCUGAAGCUAGAAUGGGGAGGGGCAGGCCACCAUAUCAGCAAGCCAAUCACGUAGCUGACCAAACAAGAGAAAGGAGAUCACCUGUGAGGGUGUGCAAUCAAAACCAAAGAUAUGGUGUUGUAGGUUCACCAGGAAGAUUGAGGUCUGAUGAUUGCAUAAAAUCCUCAAUGCACUCUAUGAGGUUCCAUGAUACAACUACUACAUCUGGUCGGGAUCAUGACUUUGGGGAGAAUGAUGACUGUCGGAGGAGACCUCUUCUCAUGCGAAAUAGGAGCUCUCGAUCAAGGUCUCGAAGUUGCUCUCCUGAUUUCAGGUCCGAUGCUAGGAUGGGGUCAAUGAGGGUUCCCUACCAGCCAUCGGCAGAUCAUAUUAGAGACAGAAGGUCAUCGCCGGUGAGAGUUUUCCGUCCAGAACAAAGGUUCGAAGUUGGGGCUUCACCUGUAAGAUUAAGGUCUGAUGAGUGCUUGAGACCCAUGACUCGACCUCCAAGAUCUCUUGAUACAGCUCAGCCGAGAAGGGGGCAUGAAUAUAAUAACAAUAAUAAUAGUAUUCAGAAUAACAGUAACAGGGAUGAAUACGUGAGGAAGCCUCGGAACAUUUUUGAAAGGAUUCAUCCAAUAAGACAAUAUGAUGAUGUAGAGGAUGAAGAUCCUGCACCUACUCAAAAUUUUCGUAGGAACGAAAAUUAUGCAAGGGCUGGUGAGAGGAGGCCUAUGGAGUUUAGGGAACCUAGAGAAGAAAGAGGUAAUAUAAGAUACAAUAAUUCUGAGAGGAUGUUUUAUUCUGGCCCAAAGCAGCAGUUUGGAGGUAUGAGAAAUUAUGGUGAGGAUGGAGUUCCCAGGAGAGUACGGCCCUGAUAUUCUUUUCAUCUUUAUAGGUUAUAAUGUUAGUUGCUUUUCUCACUAGUCACUACACUAUGUUCUUAGUUCGUUAUAUUCUCUUCUUAGUUUUUCAUUUUUAGUCAGUUCAUUUGUAACCGCUUUCAGGUGAUAAAUGACAAUAAUUUCAGCUGUUUCUAUCUA